UAGCGUCUCGCGCGGAGUGGGCGUGCACGCUCUCAGUUCGUUUAGCGCGAGGCCUUCCUGCGGUGCACGCGACGCGACUCGAGACGAGUUUGUGCAAAAAACCGCGUCGAAUGUGCCGCUAACUAUAUAUGCACAGUUGGGAGGUGGUGUCGAACGCUUGUUGUUGAUAAAGGGGAGUUUAAUUCGGUCUGGUGAGCGGGUGGAAUAGACGCAGGCUAGUUGGUAAAGGCCCGCGGAAGCGUUUGGUGAGCAAACCAUACAGUGCAGGCAUUCAUGGAUAUAGUUGGUGGCCCAUUCAAUCAUCUGGUUCCCAGUGACCAGUUGGAUGAUUCCUUACUGCUCGGACAGAACCUGGAAUGUGAAGCUAGUGAUGAGUUUGAAGCAGGUCACGGCCAACCUGAAAAUUCACUGAAGAACAUGCUCAGUGAUAAAGAUCCCAUGUUUGGAUCUGCUAGCGCCCAGUUUCAUCUCUUAGAAAAUGAAGAUGUCAGUUUUAAGCUUGGGAGCACAACAGCUGCAGAUAAUGACAUGACAACAGCAGGUGUUAGUCAGAGUCCAUCUGAUGGAGAACACAGUCAGUCCAGCUUCUCACAGGGCAGAAGACAUUUACAGAGGAGACAAACAGCAAGCCGCGGUCGAGUUAAAGGCAGGCGCCCAGGUCCUGUGCGAAAAGCAGCAGAGAGUAACAAGCAAGAGUCAACAUGUAGCACAAACCCGGGUGGAGAUAAAAGCCUUGAUGCAAAAAGAGAAGCCCUGCUCAGCCGUCGUUUUGGAGUCCAUGAGGUCGACUCCUCUAUGAAUCCAGUAGUUGUGUUACGUCGAUUAACUGUUACUGUCGGGGGCUAUAAAAUCGAACUGCUUCCUGGCCCGUCGCAUGCGUUUGGAUCAUUUAGCACAAGCGCUCUUCAGUCUCUUGGCUUCCAGGAUGACGGUGUCGCUGCUGACGGCCUUGCACUCGAUUUGGGACAAAAUCAAGAUGAUGGCACACAAGAAGUUGUUAAUUCUGCACAAGAGGUUGUCGGGGAAGUGAGCGUUGGCCAGUCAACUAGUGAUGACAUGCCUAUGGAUUUUGGGCCGUAUGUGAACCCUAAUGAAGUACAAGACACUAACAGCAGCACCAUGUCGCUCAAGCCCAGCGUGGAAAACGCCACACCAGCAGACGCCAAAAAGAAUGACCAAAUCAAGACCCGAAAGCUAAGUGCACAAAAAACAGGGAACAAGAACGGCACGGCAGUUCAACCUGCAGUCAAAAAGCUUCUGAAACACAAACAGGCUCUGUCUGCUGCCAAAAAUAAACCAUCUCAUCUCACCUGGCCAGGGCUCUUGCAGAAAGUAUCUAGACAUCCCAGAGACAAAAAGAUACAUACAGGCCGCCCAGAAAGUCUCAAAGGAAAGCCCGUUAAGGUUGGCUUGAAACGCCCAGGUGGGCCAGUCACUCCUAAAUCACCCUCAAAAAUACAAAAGAUUCAAGAUGGACAUCCUGCGAACCAAACCGUAAACCCACCUGUCCCGGUGUCCCCGACUGUCAGCAGAAAACUGUCAUCUGAUUCUGGUCCAGGUGUCAAGUCAGUCCAAUCCCCUCACCCUUCGAAAAAGCCACAAAAUCCUCCCACUCCUGUAAACAAAACAAACCCACCUGUGACAAACAGCCAAGGAGAAGAGGAGCAGGAGAAGGUCAAGAUCAAGAAGCCGGAGAAGAUUCAGCAAAGACACAAGAGUAGAAACUCCAGGAGUAUCUCGAUAGAGGAGCCGCAGCUGUUUAUCCCUGAUAAUGCCCCUGUGGUGAAGAAGGAAGCCGAGGGCGAGCCUCCUCCUGAAAGUGAGACUGUGUGGGAUCCCAGCAAGCACUGUGGAUUAUGCAAGAAACCUCACAACAACCGGUUCAUGGUGGGCUGCGGCCGCUGUGAUGACUGGUUUCAUGGGGAUUGUGUGGGUCUGGAUCUGGCUAAAGUUCAGCAGAUGGAAAAGGAGGACCAGGAGUAUAUGUGCUUGAAGUGCUGUGCGGAAGAGGAUGGGAAAACCGGUGCUCAAGCCACAGAGCAGUCAGAUGAUAAGUUGUCUGCUAAGCAAAAACCGAGACCCCAGCAGUCGGUCACCGCAGGUGGAAUACGACCCUUCCGAAAAGAUGUUGGAGAACGACGACCGUCAGAAGAUUCAGCAUCAAAGGGACCAAGUGUGAAACAUGAGACGAAGAAAGUGAAAAUAUCACCUGUGACCUCAAAAAAACCGUCCACUGGACAAAUCAGGCGAAGUGUUCGGGACUCGCUGGAGGAGAUUCUUUUGAAACGACUGAAGGAGGCCGAUAUGAAGAUUUCAUUGGAUAAGCCUGCUGAGUUGGCCAGAAGAACGGAGAAAGAGCUUUUUGCUCUUUUUCAGGGUGUUGACAGCAAAUACAAAAAUAAAUACAGAAGUUUGACUUUCAAUCUGAGAGAUUCCAAAAAUAAUGUGUUAUUCAAGCGAGUGCUCAAGGGGGAAGUUUCCCCUGCAGAUUUGGUGCGUAUGACUGCAGAAGAGCUGGCCUCUAAGGAACUGGCUGCUUGGAGACAAAGAGAGAAUCGACAUACGAUUGAAAUGAUUGAGAAAGAACAGAGAGAGGCAGAGAGACGUCCUAUCACUAAAAUCACCCAUAAAGGGGAAAUUGAAAUUGAGAAUCAGGAGCCUGCCAAGGCACCAGAGGCCAUAGAGGUUGAGCCAGAGCCUGUGCCGAAAGCUGCGGAAGUGCCUGAAGAAAAACCCCCUGAGACUAAAGCUGACAGUCCCAAGAAAUCUGUAGAUACCACCAACUUGCACAAGUCUCAUCUAUUUGACCUCAACUGCAAAAUCUGCACAGGUCGCAUGGCUCCACCUACAGAGGAAGCUGCUACAAAGAUGGUAAAAGUGGCUACAACAGUUGUGAGAAGACAGUCUAGUACGACAGAUGAAUCUCAGCACUCCACAACUACACCUACAUCAGCACUGAUAGACGAUCUGUGUUUAAGAGCCAUGGAGGAAGGUCUCCUCAAUUUUUUGCCUGAAUCCAGGUCAGAUAGUCUGAGUAGCAAAGAAGACACAGCGACAUUCCUCAGCAAUUUGGAAAGUCUGUGGAGUGGCUUUGUUGAUAUGCCAGCUGUGGCGAGGUUUCUAACAAAAGCUUAUCCUGUCUCUGGAAUACUGGACCAACUUACACAGGAUUUGCCAGACAACAUCCAAGUAGGUGGACGAAUCUCUCCUCAAAUAGUCUGGGAUUAUGUUGAGAAAAUCCGUGCUUCCGGGACAAAGGAAAUAUGUGUUAUUCGUUUCUCCCCUGACACCGAGGAAGAUGAGAUCUCGUAUACUUUGUUAUACGCCUAUUUUAGCAGCCGAAGAAGAUACGGUGUUGUCGCCAACAACCGCAAACGAGUUAAAGACAUGUAUCUCAUUCCUCUCGGCUCCACAGAAAAAAUUACCCAUCAGAUUGUACCGUUUGAUGGUCCUGGGCUGGAGACCAAUCGUCCCAAUCUUCUUCUCGGAUUGGUCAUCCGCCAGAGACCGAAAAGAGACUUUGGGGUAAUCCUGCCAAGCGAUGUCAGGGAAGCUCCAAGUUUCUUGGCAGAAAGCAAACCUCAUGUCGAUUACCCACAGAAAGCUCCUGCGGCUCAAGACGCAAGCACACGGAAAAAAGACACUGCCGACUUAAUCAAGUCCGUCAUUGAAGAACCUAUAUUGGAUACUGAGACAGAAGAGAAUGUUUCUUUGCGCUUUCUUCCUGGAGUGCUGAAGUUGCCUGGAAAUGGGGCAUCGUCUUCGAGCGACACUGUGAAAAGUGAUUCUACAACAACAGUAACCAAGACUCCAACUGUUGAUAGUGGAAACCAUGCAGAAAUCCAUCCUAAACCUACGGCCACCGCUCCUCGACUUGAUCGCUUCAUUAUCAAGAAAAAAGACCCCAAAGCUGUUAAAACAGAGCAGGCGCCAUCCAGCUCGAGUUUGGAGACCAACUCAGAAAAGAAAGAGAGUGGAGUCAUUCUUUCUCUGAGUGACAAACCUGCAGAUGUUUCAACAGAGAGUUUCCUGUCUUCUCUCACGACCGCUAAACCCAAAGAUGAGUCCGUGUCCGGCAGCACAGCUGCACCAGCUAGUCAAGAAACAAGCGAAACCACUUUAUCGGAUGCAUUGACAGACUCUGUCAAUGACGGCUCUAGCUCUGUCCCCAAAAACGAAACCUUAUCAAGUCCCACCAAGUCUUUGAAGACAUCUGGUAUUUUAAAGACACCAUCUUCAUCAGCUGAACCUACCGAGUUAAAACCUCAACAACCAGAAAGUAAUUCAGAAAAGAAAGUUACUCAGCAACCAUCGGUGCAACCCCCUCAAGAGUGUAAAGCCAUAGAGGACAUCCAAGCCAUCACCACAAUCUCCUCCACUGGGAAAAACGAAGGUCCCAAGCAGUCCAGGACCUCUUCUUUUAACCCUAAAGUAUAUAAUCCAGCCCCCAUUUUUCAUUCGUAUUAUGCUGGUCCACCUGAUCCCCAAUAUUAUCCUCCUCCAGCCAAUCCUGCCCCUUUCUUACCCCUUCAAUCACAGGUUCCUCCGCCUUUCCUGUUUCCUCCUGGUCCACCUCCUCCACAGAUGUUCCCUCAAAGCGAUCCUCACAUGCUUGCUCCACCUUGGCCUCAAACCGUCCCUCCCCAAACGCUCCCUGUGCCUCCUCUGACAUAUGAGUCCAGCUUGCCGACCUCUUCGCCCCUCAGCAAAGACGAGAAGGGCUUGGAGAAGUCCUACGGUGACUUGGGCGACAAGCCGUCCAGAAGGUCCGAUGAGACCUACAGGAAGGACAACAGAGAUAGAGACCACUAUGACAGACACCAUCACAAAAGCAGGCACUACGACAGGGACCGCGAAAAGCACAGGGACAGAAGUCACAGUCAUAAAGAGCACCACUCGAAAGAGGACAAGUAUGAAAAACGGAGAGAGCGGCACCACAGCAGCAGUCAUUACCGGGACAGAGACAAACACAGACGGGAUUCUGAUUAUGAGAAACACAAGAGAGACUCGAGAGACAGGCGUUCGUGAUCUUGGCAUCAAACCGCUCCACUUUCCUUAAAUCUGUCAAACAGUAGAAGAAAACUAUUUAUAAAGUUGCAAAAUGAUUUUUAUAUGGAAAAGCAGCUAGUACGAGAUUUUUAGUUGGUGUUUUUUUUGCAAUCUAAAGGACAUUUGUUUUGUUUUAAAAUGUACAUUUUCCCUACCUGGCUUUACAAAGACCCACUAACAUUGUCUUCACAAGCAGCUGGUUGUAAUCAAAAAAAUGAAACUACUGUUGUACGCAGUCUCAUGGUUGAUGAGAACAGCUUCUUUUGCCUCACUUUUUUUUUUUCCGUUUUAAUUUUUCUAAAAUUGUCUUAGGUAUUUUCUAUGUUUCAGGUGACAAAUAUUUCUUUGUUCAUUUUGGCUUGUCACACAACAGAAAUGUGCAUAUUCAGCACAUUAUGUACAGUUCAUAAUAUGUUUUUAUUGUUAGUAAAGCGACUGAAAUUAAAGUCUUUGUUUCUUAAAGAGACUC